AUGGAUUAUGACUAUUCCUCCAUGCUUGGCAACAGUACGUGGAUGUAUGACAAUAGCAGUUUCGAUGAUGAUUACGUGACUCUGUGUCCCAAAAGAAACGUCAACCAUUUAGGUGCAGUCUACCUUCCGACCUUCUACCACUGCAUUUUCCUGCUCAGCCUGCUUGGGAAUGUACUGGUCCUGUACAUCAUCUACAAGUACGAGAAACUCAACAGCAUGACCAACAUUUUCCUGUUGAACCUGGUCAUCUCUGACUUGGUGUUCGCCUCCAGCCUCCCUUUCUGGGCUACGUACCAUGCCUCGGAGUGGAUCUUUGGUUCGGCCCUGUGUAAGAUGGUGAGCAGUGUGUACUACAUUGGCUUCUACAGCUCCAUUCUGUUCCUGACGCUUAUGACCCUGGACAGGUACCUGGCCGUGGUGCAUGCCAUCACCGCUCUCAAGAGGAGAAGGAACACGUACGCCUGCAUCUCCUCUGCUGCCGUGUGGUUCAUUAGCAUCCUAGCCAGCUUGAAAAAGAUGAUUCUGUUUGACGUGCGCACCGAUGGUGACGCCGGUACCCUUUGCGAGGAGACUGGCUUCUCUAAAGAGGUCCUGACUCGAUGGCAGCUCAUAGGUGACUACAUGCAGUUUGUCGUGUUUUUCCUACUUCCUCUUGCCGUUGUCCUGUACUGCUACAUAAGAAUCACGGUGAGGAUCAUACACAGUAGGAUGAGGGAAAAGUGCAGGGCCGUGAAGCUCAUAUUUGUGAUAAUUGUGGCAUUUUUCAUUUGCUGGACACCUUACAACGUGGUCAUACUGCUGAGAGCUCUCCAAGACUCACCCAGCAAAGAUGCUCAUCCAUGUACCGAAGGUCUAGACCAUGCACUGUAUGUAAGCCGCAACAUUGCCUUCCUCUACUGCUGCAUAAACCCUGUGUUCUACACUUUUGUGGGCAAAAAGUUCCGGAGCCACUUCCAGAAGAUACUGGCAAAACGCAUUCCUUGUCUAGGGAAUCAGCUUGCGGGAAGCCAGAGCAGCAGGACAGUGUCUCAGAAGAGCCCACACACCAUGCAUGAGUAG